CCACAAGGCUGAAAUGAUUAACGAUAACCUCGAUUUGUUGAUCAACAUUCAGACAUUAACGACAUAAACGACAUACUGAUACCCUGGCAACUCUCACGCAAGAUAUAUUUAUCUUUCUCUAGAGGUAAUUUGUAUUCCCGAGCAAACCUAACCAUACAGCGUUCCACAGACCGAAAGUCAAGAAGCUAGCUGGCUCAAGUGCUGAGGAGGGGAUAAAGCCCACCAAACUCUGAUCCUCCGCCACUCUCCGAGAAUAACGAUUCCGUAUAUGCCACAGACAGUUCUGGGGCUUCUCCGCAUCCAACAGACCCAAAUGCAUACGAAGCGGUGAAGAUAGUACAUCUCGACCCCGAGCACAGCGGAGCAGCAACUGUCGAAGUAAUGAGAUGCUCUUUACCAGGACACCGACCAGACCUCUCAUUUCACUCCUUUGAUGAUUAUGAAGUCCACUACAGCAAAUCACACGUCAACCGCUGCGUCGAAUGUCGGAAAAAUUUCCCCACGAAACACUUCCUGAGUCUCCACCAGGCAGAGAACCAUGAUCCCCUCGUUGGGGUUCUUAGGGACCGGGGUGAACAUACAUACGCAUGCUUCGUCGAGGAUUGUGAUAGGAAGUGCUCUACUCCUCAAAAGCGUCGUUUACAUUUAAUCGACAAACACUCGUUUCCAAAGGAGUACGACUUUUUCGUCGUCAAUGAUGGCAUCGACAGGAAAAGUUCCAUGCUCCGUUCUGGCAGGCAUAGACGAAGGAGCUCAAUUAUGCAACAGAAGAUCUACAAUGAGAGCCGAGGCCGAAAUAGGUCAGGGACCAUGGAGACGGACAACACGGACGAGGCCUCCGAAACAACGAUGGCGAAUACUGAAACCGAUGGUGCUACCAGGCAGGACGUGGCAAGCCCUGUCCUUGCCAACGCAAAGGCCGCUGUUCCGGAGGAUGGUGAUGAAGAUGCGGAGAUUGAGGGUCUUACAGGAGCAAUUUCCGCACUCCGAUUUGUGCCACCGAGUGUGAAAUUCGGCAGAGGGAGAGGCAGGACUGGUUUUAGCAAGAGCUGACACCAUAAAUCACCAUGAGCAAAUAUAAAACAACGACGACUGUCAUUAAACUACCAGAUUGAAAG